CUAUUGGAAUCUAAUUCGCCUAGGUCAUUAUUAGAGGAUUUCUUUAGUCGUUUUGGAUCUGGAGAGUCUGCUGCCAUGUGUUUAAUGCUUGCCGCAAGGAUAAUCUAUACUGAGACUUUAGUAAGUAACGUUGCAGCUGAGAGGGCAGCUGAAGCAUAUGAGGAUCCAAGACUUGUUGGAGUACCGCAGUUAGAAGGUAGCGGUGCAUUUCCAAAUACUAGAGCUCCAGCUGGAGGAUUUAGCAUGGGCCAGGUUGUUCAGGAAGCUGAGCCCGUUUUCUCCGGUGCUCAUGAAGGUCUUUGCUUAUGCUCAUCAAGGUUACUUCUACCUUUGUGGGAGCUUCCUGUUUUUAUCACAAAAGGAAGCACAGAUUCCUCAGUCGCAUCUGACAAUGUAAUAGUUGUCUGCCGACUUCCUGGUGAGGCAAUGCAAAUCCUUGAAGACAAGAUACGUUCUUUGGAGAAGCUCAUUAAAUCUAGGAGGAAUCAGAGAAAGGGACUUUAUGGUUGUGUUGCUGGCCUAGGUGACCUGACUGGAUCAAUUUUGAUUGGAACUGGCUCGGAUUUUGGGGCUGGUGACAGAAGUAUGGUAAGAAAUCUAUUUGGAUCUCCUGCUUCCAACGAAGGUGGAGCAUCAAACAAAAGGCAACGGCUUCCUUAUAGUUCUGCUGAACUUGCUGCCAUGGAGGUUAGAGCAAUGGAGUGUAUCAGGCAGUUGCUCCUUCGAUGUGGCGAAGCCCUAUUUUUGCUGCAACUUCUUGCACAACAUCACGUGACACGCUUGAUUCAGAAUUUUGAUGCCAAUAUCAAGCAGGCCUUAGUCCAGUUGACAUUCCAUCAACUAGUUUGUUCAGAAGAGGGAGACAGACUUGCUACGAGACUUGUAUCUGCCCUCAUGGAGCAUUACACUGGUCCAGAUGGCAGGGGAACUGUUGACGACAUAAGUGGUAGACUACGAGAGGGUUGUUCAAGCUAUUACAAGGAAUCUGAUUACAAGUUCUACUUAGCAGUUGAAUCUCUUGAAAGAGCUGCUGCUACAUUAGACACAGCGGAGAGAGAAAACCUCGCUAGAGAGGCAUUCAAUUACCUAAGCAAAGUCCCAGAGUCUGCAGAUCUGCGGACUGUAUGUAAACGUUUUGAAGACCUGAGAUUUUAUGAAGCCGUGGUCCUAUUACCUCUGCAAAAGGCACAAGCUCUUGACCCUGCUGGUGAUGCUUUUAAUGAGCAAAUAGAUGAUGGAAUUCGAGAUCAUGCACUUGCUCAACGUGAGCAGUGCUAUGAGAUUAUUGCCAGUGCUUUGCAUUCUCUAAAAGGUGAAGCUUCAAAGAGGGAAUUUGGAUCUCCUAUCAGACCUGUCGCUCAAUCUACUCUUGAUCAAGCUUCUCGGAAAAAGUAUAUAUGCCAGAUUGUCCAACUUGGUGUGCAAUCUUUGGACAGAGUUUUUCAUCACUAUCUGUAUCGAACCUUAAUCGAUUCGGGCCUGGAAGAUGAACUACUGGAAUAUGGCGGCCCCGAUUUGGUGCCUUUUCUGCAAAAUUCUGGCCGUGAACCUACAAAUGAGGUUCGUGCUGCUUCUGCUGUGGCAUCUCCAAUUUCACCUUUGGCUCAUGCUAGAGUACCUGUGGCAUCCAACCAAGCAAAAUAUUUCGAGCUUUUGGCUCGUUUUUAUGUUUUGAAGCGGCAGCAUGUUCUUGCAGCCCAUGUUUUGGUGAGACUGGCAGAAAGGCGCUCCACUGAUGCAGGGGAUGCUCCUACUUUAGAGCAAAGGCGGCAAUACUUGAGUAAUGCUGUUUUGCAAGCAAAGAGUGCCAGUGACACGGAUGGUAUGAGUGGUUCUGGCCGGGGUGCUCUUGAUAAUGGGCUACUGGAUUUGCUCGAAGGAAAGCUUUCUGUUCUUCAGUUUCAAAUAAAGAUUAAAGAUGAACUGGAGGCUAUGGCUUCCAGGUUGGAGGCAUCUACAGGCACAUCUGAAUCUGGCUCCAAUGAAACAUCACCCAAUAUGAGUAACUCUGCUGAUCCCAACUUUAUGCGCAUUCUCCGAGAAAAGGCCAAGGAGUUGUCAAUGGAGUUGAAGAGCAUUACUCAGCUGUAUAAUGACUAUGCUGUUCCCUUUGAACUUUGGGAGAUAUGUCUGGAGAUGUUGUACUUUGCUAGCUACUCUGGUGAUGCUGAUAGCAGCAUAGUGCGAGAGACUUGGGCUAGGCUCAUUGAUCAAGCUCUUACAAGGGGUGGGAUUGCUGAAGCUUGUGCUGUACUGAAGAGGGUUGGUUCCCAGGUGUAUCCCGGAGAUGGAGCUGUUUUACCAUUGGAUACUCUUUGUCUUCACCUUGAGAAGGCUGCACAGGAGCGAGUGGUUUCUGGUGUUGAAUCUGUCGGAGAUGAAGAUAUUCCAAGGGCCCUUUUAGCUGCUUGCAAGGGUGCAGUAGAGCCUGUAUUAAAUACCUAUGACCAGCUGUUAUCCAGUGGGGCAGUGUUGCCCUCUCCAAAUCUUAGAUUGCGUCUCCUGCGUUCCGUGCUGACUUUACUUCGUGAAUGGGCACUUUCUGUCUUCGCACAGGGAAUGGGUACAAGUGUUACUGGAGCCUCUCUGAUUCUUGUUGGAAAUUUAUCAUUAGGACAGACAGCAGUUGUUAAUCAAGGUGUUCGCGAUAAAAUAAGAAGUGCAGCAAAUCGGUUAGUUUUCCGUUGUUCACUAAUAUAUGUCAUUUUACUCAUUUCAGCAAUAUCCAAGAUAGCUUUUCGUGUCUUUCACUAUCGAUAAGGCUGGUUUGCUAUAGCUUAGAAUAUAUUAAAUACUUAAUGGUGCACCAGUUUACCAGCGUCUUUUUUAUCUGCUUUUCUAGUUGGCCUAGGAAAGAGGAGUAAUUUGAUCUUUCCAUUUAUUUUGGCAAGGUCUAUGAUUUACGUGUACCUUCCAUGUGUGUUGUGAUGGAACUGAGAAUCUCUUUUAUUAAAGUCUCUGUUAAGAUA